AUGGGAAGGUACUGCAUAUUCUUCUUGCUUUCCGUAGCUCUUCUUCUUUCAAUAACUCAAGCAAGAAACAUCCCAAGUCAAGUAGAAGUAUCUACUAACCAAAAGAACGGUCACAAGCAAGUCACUGAUGAGAAGAACAUAGUGUUUGGAGGCGUUGGGGGCUACGCCGGCGUCGGAGGAGUCUCCCUUGGCGGUUUCCCUAUUCUCGGCGGUACUGCCGGUACCUUCGGUGGAGUCGGCGGUGUCACCGGGACUGGGCCCGGUGGCGGGCUCGGCGGGGUUGGUGGGCUUGGCGGUGUUGGCGGCGGUGUCGGUGGGCUCGGCGGUGGUGGCGGAGGCGGGGCUGGAGGCCUACUUCCCUAA